CGUUUUUUUUUUAAAAAAAAAUAAAAUAAAAAAAGUGUCGUCGUCUUAUAAUAAUAUACAAAACCCCUUUGAAGACUCAUCACAGUCUCUUAGGUCUGAUCCACAGAAUGACUAUUCAUCACAAAGUCAACAAGAUUUGAUCAACUUUCAACAUCAACCACAAAUGACUUCAGUAAUAUCUUCUAUAGAUUUUAAAGGAGAUGCUAGUAUAACUACCCCGAUCUAUAGUCAUCCGCAUAUUAAACGAGGUGAUUCUUCAUUUGCUUUAGAUGAUGGUUUAUUUUAUGAUGAUUCAGCUAUACUUCAAGAUGAUGAUGAUAACCUUCAGUUGCUUACUAACCGAAGCCCAAUAGCAGGUCGUCAUUCAGCCCAACAAGCCUUAUCGGAGGGUGGUAUCUCUUUACACCAAGCCACAUCACAAUCCGAAAAUAAACCAAAAAGGAAUCAAAAGAGAAGAUCAACAUUCAAACUAAAGGAAACUAUUCAAAAGUUAUUUGGUAAAACGAAUGCUUCCUCUAAUGCUGAAGGCGGGGAACGCACUAUUUACAUUAAUAAUCCAGAAUUAAAUAUUCAACAAACUUUUUUACACAACCGUGUCUUUACUGCCAAAUAUACUGCCAUCACUUUUUUACCAAAGUUUUUAUAUGAAGAAUUUUCUAAAUAUGCUAAUCUCUUUUUCUUAUUUAUAUCAGGCAUUCAGCAAAUUCCCGGUAUUUCUCCUACUUCUAGAUAUACAACAGUAGUUCCUUUAGUUAUUGUAUUACUCAUUACAGCUGUUAAAGAGCUAAUUGAAGACUGGGGUGUUCAUCGCUCGGAUGCGGAAUUAAAUGCUAGAAAAUGUAAAGUAUUAGAAGGAACUCAAUUUAUAGAGAAGGCUUGGCGUGAUAUUCAUGUUGGAGAUAUUCUACGUAUUGAAAGUGGAGAAAACUUUCCAGCUGAUUUGAUUUUAAUGAGUAGUUCUGAACCUGAAGGUCUUUGUUAUAUUGAAACAAGUAAUUUGGAUGGUGAAGUCAAUCUGAAGAUCAAACAAGCUCUACUUCAAACAUCUAAAAUCUUAAAUCCGGUAGAAAUGAGUCGUUUACAAGGUGUUGUCCGAAGUGAACAACCUAAUAAUCGUUUAUAUAAUUAUGAUGGUGUCUUUUCUAUCAUGAAUAGUGAAAGCGGUCAAACAAAAGAGUAUGCUUUAGAUCCUACUCAACUACUUUUAAGAGGUGCCCAACUUCGUAAUACAUUAUGGAUCUAUGGUAUUGUUAUUUUUACAGGUCAUGAAACAAAACUUAUGCUGAAUUCGAGUAAAAAACCUUCUAAAGUAUCUAAUGUCACACGUAUUACGAAUCGUAAUAUCUUGUAUCUCUUUGCUAUUUUGGUUAUUAUGAGUGUUGCUUGUGCUGUUGGUGGUUUGGUCUUUACUAUUACAAAAAGUAGUUAUGUAGAAGGAUAUUUAAUGUUAGGUGCUGAACUUUCACGAGCUGCAGCAUUUGGAUAUGAUAUUCUCACUUUUUUGAUUUUAUUCAACAGUUUUAUUCCAAUUAGUUUAAUGGUAACAAUGGAGAUUGUCAAGUUUGUUCAAUCUUUUCUAAUCCAAUCUGAUCUUGACAUGUAUUAUGAAUUAACCGAUACACCUGCUGUGGCUCGUAGUAGUAGUCUAAUUGAAGAACUAGGUCAAGUGAAGUUUGUAUUUUCAGAUAAAACAGGUACUUUGACAUGUAAUGAAAUGCAAUUCCGAGAAUGUUCUAUCGCAGGUAUUUCUUACGCUGAAAAAGUGGAAUCAGAUAAACAAGCACGCGAUGGCCUUGACGAUCCAACACUUCAAUAUGAUUUCAAUCAAUUGAAAAUGCAUUUAAAGAGUCAUCCUACCGCCAAUGUUAUUCAUGAAUUUUUAACACUUUUGGCAACUUGUCAUAUCGUUAUACCUGAAAUUCAAGAAGGCUCUGAUAAAAUUAAUUAUCAAGCCUCUUCACCAGAUGAAGGUGCUUUAGUAAAAGGUGCAUCUGAAUUAGAUUACAAAUUCCAUACUCGUAAACCUAAUUCAAUUACUUGUAAUCAACGAGGUCAAGAUUAUGAAUAUCAAGUAUUGAAUGUAUGUGAAUUUAAUUCAACUCGUAAACGUAUGUCAGCUAUCAUUCGUGGACCUGAUGGUAAAAUUAAAUUAUAUUGUAAAGGUGCAGAUACAGUUAUCCUGGAGCGACUUGCAGACAAUAAUCCAUUUGUAGAAAAUACAUUACUUCAUCUUGAAGAAUUUGCAUCCGAAGGGCUUCGAACACUUUGUAUUGCUAUGCGAGAAAUACCUGAAGAUGAAUAUGCUCGUUGGUCACAGAUCUAUGACAAGGCAGCUACAACGCUUGUUAAUCGUGCUGAUGAAUUAGAUAAGGCAGCUGAAAUGAUUGAACAAAAUUUAUUUUUAUUAGGCGCCACUGCAAUUGAAGAUAAACUUCAAGAGGGUGUACCUGAUACAAUUCAUACACUUCAAGAGGCAGGUAUUAAUGUUUGGGUUUUAACAGGGGAUCGACAAGAGACUGCGAUCAAUAUCGGUUACUCAUGUAAAUUAUUAAAUGAAGAAAUGAGUUUAAUUGUAUGUAACAUGGAUAGUCAUUGGGAGACGAAAAGCUUUUUAGAAUCUAAAUUGAAGGAUAUAACAGGAGCAAUUGAAAAAGGAGAUGAAUUAGAGCCAUUAGCAUUUGUGAUUGACGGAAAGGCCUUAACGUUUGCAUUAGAAAAGGAUAUUGAAAAAUUAUUAUUUGAUUUAACUGUAUUAUGCAAAGCUGUGAUCUGCUGCCGAGUAUCCCCGCUUCAAAAAGCGCUUGUGGUGAAACUUGUAAAGAAAUAUGAUAAAUCGAUUUUAUUAGCUAUCGGAGAUGGAGCUAAUGACAUUUCAAUGAUUCAAGCAGCCCAUGUGGGUGUUGGUAUUAGUGGUGUCGAGGGGCUUCAGGCAGCUCGUAGUGCGGAUUUUGCCAUUUCACAAUUUAGAUAUUUGAAAAAACUUUUACUUGUUCAUGGUUCCUGGGCCUACCAACGCUUAAGUAAAAUGAUAUUUUAUUAUUUCUAUAAGAAUGUUGCACUCUAUUUGACACAAUUUUGGUAUGCUUUUUAUAAUGGGUUUUCUGGCUCAACGCUUUAUGAGUCCUGGACAAUGUCCUGCUUCAAUGUCAUUUUUACCUUUUUACCACCUUUAUGUAUUGGUAUCUUUGAUCAAUUCGUUUCUGCUCGAAUACUAGAUAAAUACCCUCAAAUGUAUAUGCUUGGUCAAUCCAAUGAAUUCUUUAAUCAAAAAAAGUUUUGGGGCUGGUUCGCAAAUGCUGUAUUUCAUUCGUUGAUUUUAUUUUUCCUUGGUGUGGGUGCUCUUAGUACAGAUGGUGUAUUUAUGAACGGUUUAAUAGGUGGACAAUGGUGGGCAGGUACGGCUGUAUUUACAGCUAUUUUAGGAUGUAUUUUAUGGAAAGGAGCAUUGAUUACAGAUAUUUGGACAAAAUAUACAUUUAUUGCUAUUCCAGGAUCAAUGCUUAUUUGGUUUGUUUAUCUACCAGUUGCUGCCUAUAUUGGUCCAGCCAUCUCUGUAGAUGUUUUCCCUGAAUAUAAUGGCAUUGUUCCUAUGCUCUGGGGUAAUGUCAAUUUCUGGCUAUUUGUUUUGUUAGUGCCUUUUGUAUGUAAUAUACGUGAUUUUGUUUGGAAAUAUAUCAAGAGAAUGUAUAGACCUCUUCCAUAUCAUUUUGUACAGGAAAUUCAAAAGUAUAAUUUACCGGAUUAUAGACCACGUAUGGAUAGAUUCAGACAAGCGGUAAAUAAGGUCCGUCGGAUACAACGUCUUAAGAGAAAUCGUGGUUAUGCAUUUUCUCAAAAUGAUAGUGACCAAACAAAGAUUAUUCGUAUUUAUGAUACCACACAACAAAAGCCUCUUGGUUAAAAAGAAAACAACAACUAGCAGCAAUGAUAUAUACAUAUCUGUAUUUGUAUAUAUAUUUUAAUUAAUAAAUAAUAAUACAAUGGAUUCCUGGACCAAACUCAGUUUCAUUUUAUAAAUAUAAUCUUUUUUUUUAGGCAUAAUUUUGACUUUUUCUCGGCAAGAUGCUUCUUUUAAG